AUGUCUAUCUUCUUUCCCAUUACAGCUGGAGUCUUUUAUCACCCUAAAUCGCUCGAAUUCCUAUUUCCUUCAAAAAGUUUUAAAGUCCGCAGUCUAAACUGUCAGAUUCUGAAUGCUUUUUGCCCUCGAAUAAAAGACAAAGCAGAUUAUACAAAGAGAGUGAAGUGCUUAGCUAAUGCAACUGAGAAGUCACCGAUUCCAGAGAGCCAAACGGAUCAUACAACAGGCGAGGAGCUCUCGCCUGAGCUGUCGAACAGGUAUAUACGUGGCUUAUGUAAAGCAGGAAAUAUUGAUAAAGCAAUGGUUUUUCUUUGUCAGAUGGAAGCCCUAGGAUUUCGGCUAAGUUAUGCAUCCUACACUUGUCUGUUAACAGCUCUUGUAAGUGUAGGCAGGACUUUGGAAGUUGAGGCAAUUUUCAAAGAAAUGGUAAGCUCAGGGUUUCAACCAAGAAUAGAAGUGUAUAAUCUCUUGCUGAAAGUGUUUUUGAGAAAAGGUCUUCUUACACUUGCUGAUAAACUUAUGGAGUCCAUGAACGCUAUGGGUGUGUGGAAAAACCGAGAAACAUACGAGAUUCUCCUUGAUUAUUAUGUUAGUGCUGGACGUUUGAAAGACACGUGGGAAGUUGUAGCCAAAAUGAAGAAAGAUGGGUUUGAACCGAAUUCCUUUGUAUACAGUAUGAUUAUUGAACUUUACAGGAACAAUGGAAUGUGGAAGAAAGCUAUAAACCUCAUAGCAGAAGUAAGGGAAAAUGGAGUCUCGCUUGACAAGAAGAUGUUUAAUAGUAUCAUCGACACCUUUGGGAAAUCCGGUGAACUAGGAGAUGCAUUGCAAGUGUUUGAUCAAAUGCAGCAAGAAGGGAUUACACCAGAUAUCACCACAUGGAAUUCUUUGAUCAGGUGGCAUUGCAAACAUGGUGAUCUCACAAAUGCCCUUGUAUUGUUCAACGAGAUGCAAACACAAGGGCUGUAUCCUGAUCCAAGUAUCUUCAUUACCAUCAUUAGUCGCUUAGGAGAACAGGGGAAGUGGGAUAUAAUAAAGAAAAACUUUGAGCAAAUGAAAGAUGGAGGUCAUGGACAAAGUGGGACCAUUUAUGCUGUUUUGGUUGAUAUUUAUGGGCAAUAUGGAAGCUUUGAGGAUGCAGAGGAGUGCAUAAAUACACUAAAACUCGAAGGAGUUCCUCUCUCAGCUAGAAUAUUCUGUGUGCUUGCAAACGCCUAUGCCCAACAGGGUUUAUGUGAGCAAACAGUUAAAGUUCUCCAGUUGAUGGAACGUGAAGGAAUCGAACCAAACCUUAUUAUGCUGAAUGUUUUGAUAAAUGCAUUUGGUAUUGCUGGAAGACAUAUGGAGGCACUCUCAGUGUAUCAACACAUAAAAGAAAGCGGUGCAAGUCCAGAUGUGGUUACAUACACUACACUUAUGAAGGCUUUGCUAAGGGCAAAAGGAGUUCGACAAGGUAGGUAUAAUAUAUAGGGAUAUGGAGUCUGCUGGAUGUUCACCAGAUAGGAAAGCCAGAGAGUUGCUUCAAACUGCAAUCAUGGUUCUUCAACGUAGACAUUAGUUGUUUUUAAGUGAUUUCUUCAGCCUCUCAUCAGCGAUGAUGAGGAGGGCAUUUACGUCUUUUGUGCAGACAAGAGAUGGAUUCCAUCCACCUUUUUGGAUGGAAGGGACGAUAAGUAUAGGUAUUAAGAUGGUUGUAACAGCUAACUGGUUCAUGGAUGUGUGGGAGCAUGGGAAUACCUUUUAAAUUCAAACGACAAGAAAGGAUGUUAAGUCUAUGCAUAAAAUUUGAUAGCCACUAAGUCGUUUGACUUACACAUGUUUCUAUACAUGCAUACAUACAUACAUGAUAAAUCAUACUAUAUAAGAUAAUAGGAUGAGCAACAUCUGUAGAGAGAAUCACUCUGAUGAGUUAAGUUACUGAGUUG